GGCAAAAGUGCUUUAUCCGUAAUCUCUAUUAAAUAUGAUAAAUCUUUCAACUCUAUGACCAAUCAGACAGCUGAUAGUGUGAACAGGUGUGUAGUUAUAUAAAGUGUAUUCUUUAUUGUAUUGAUCCCUGUUUACUGAUCUGAACUCUGAGAGCGCAGAGAGGAGACUUCAUUUCGGCACUUCUGCUUUAUUUUAUUUAUAUCUAUUAAGUGAAACUUCCUCAAAAGUCCCAUUAUUCAUAAGCAGGAAGCAGCAUCACGUUGAUCAUUUGACAGCUGCUCGUCUUCACAGCGAUGGAGGAAAUCUACGCAAACGUUGAAUACAACAAGUCUCAGGUUUCCAUAAGACCUUCAACACCAGGUCCCAGGAGCCCAAGGAGCAGACCUCAUGGAACUGUUGCUGUCUCUCUGGGGCUGCUCAGUGUCCUCCUGCUGGCUGGACUCGUCGGACUCGGUGUUCACUUGCAUGCAUCAGCUGCAGAACUCUCCUCCAUCAAAGCCAACCUGACGGAGCGUCUCCAGGUCAGUGGAGACAAGCUGUCCUCAGUGUCUGCAGAGAGAGACCAGCUGAAGGACAACUUCACUGCACUGAUGGACAACUUCACUGCACUGAUGGACAACUUCACUGCACUGACCCAAGAGAAGGACAGACUUCAGCUCCUGUUGGAACAGAAGAAAACGUGUCCUGAAGGGUGGAGGAUGUUCACUGGUUCCUGUUAUUUUAUCUCUUCACGGGAUGAUUCCUGGACUAAUGCCAGAAAAGACUGCAAAGCAAAAGGAGCAGAUCUGGUGAUCAUAGACUCUCCUCAAGAGCAGAAAUCCCUCUUACUCUUGGAGACAGACCGUGCUUGGAUUGGUUUGAGUGAAACGAGCAAGAACAACUGGAAAUGGAUUGAUGGAACUCCACUGACUGUAGCGUACUGGGGCGGUCCUCCUGAAGUGGUUCAACCUGAUGACUAUGGAGGUAAAGAGGACUGUGUUGAAAUUAUUUUCCGCUGGAACGAAAAUAAAAACUGGAACGAUAGACAGUGUAGUAACCCUCUGAAAUGGAUCUGUGAAAAACUGGUUUAAUAUUUCAAGUUUUAAAGGUUCAAUGAUCAUUACAUGUGGCCUCUGCGGUAGAAGAGCCAACUCAUUGUAAUAUUUUUUAUAUCUUAUUAUUCUUUAUUAUUCUCCUUCCAUACAAAGGUUUGGAAGUAGGAACCCUAACCACAAAUUAGGGACACUUUCGCAGGCUGACGGGGGGGUUCUAGCGGUCGGCGGCCGGGCUUACACAACCUCACAUGCUCCGCUCUGGCCACCCGGCACCCGCGCGCACACUGAUCUGAUGCGUCACAACUUCACAACAACCAGGAGUUUUUCGCGCGUCAUUGACUUAGCAGGCUGUGAUUGGAAAUCGGGACUGGAGCUGUCCCGGCUGGGACAAAUCAAAAUUGCCUAUAAUUCGGGAUGUCCCGGGUAAUACGGGACGGCCCUUUUCUAGAAAAAAAACGUAAAAUGAUGCCAUUUGAUUACUUUAAUUAUUACUCGCCCACAACGAGUUACACGUUAAAAGAGGUAGCUAACAUAUGUUAUUUGGGGAUUAAAAACCCGCUUUGCAUUUUGAAAGCUGUAUAUUCAACUAACUAGAUAUUUUCUAAUGUUUCUUCCAAUAUCAUCAAUAUGCAAUAUUACGGCAAUAUUACGGCAAAUGAAUACUCAACAUUUUAUAUAUACAUUAUCAGGACAUUUUUCUAUGUGAGUAAUUUGUUAUAUAGGUUUUUUAAGGGAAGUAUCUCAACAAUUAGAGGUACAUGUUGUUUGGUAUCAUAUUAAAGAGGGUUUUGUGCUCUUUAAAGGGAUAGUUCACCCAAAAAUUGUGUCAUCAUUUACUCACCCCCAAGUUGUUUCAAACCUGUAUGAAUUUCUUUAUUCUGAUAAACAAAAAUAUAUAUUUUGAAGAAUGUUGGUAAUCAGACAGUUGAUGCACCCCAUUGACUUCCAUAGUAUUUUUUUUUCCUACUAUGGAAGUCAAUGGGGUCCAUCAACUGUCUGAUUACCGACAUUACAGUCCAUGGCACUUACAGUAGUUCUCAGCUUUGUAUGGGUUUUUGGGAACGGAACAGUAGAUAUGCAUAUCUACAGGGACCCCAAGGAUAGUGUACUGGUUGGUGGUUGUGUCCGACCGAUUGUGGUGGGUCGGCCUGAGCAGAAAUGCCAGGGCCCUUUUUUUGUCCCAGUCCAGCCCUGGUUGGAGCCCAUUUGUAACAAAAAGAAAAGAAAAAGCACAUUCUUGUAAAGCAUUCAUUGGAUCGUCAUUAGAAAGCAAUGUAAGCAACAAAUUAUCUUCUGUAAUAAUAUGGCCGACAU